AUGAUCAGGCGUAACUUCAUAUUUAUUUUUAUAAUUAGUUUUGCAAUCGCCGAUGAUUUCAUGUUGUUCAUUGUUUUUCAACAGAAGAUUCCUCAAAACUCGAAAUGUUCUAAAUAUUUCUGUGCAACUCCUCCAGGAUAUAGAACUUAUGAGAUAGCACAUACUUGUUUUUACGGCGCAUUGAGUUACACAUUGUCAAUUGUACUUUGUGUAAAAUUAUUCAAAUCAAUGCCGAUUAUAGAAGACGCUAGAAGAGUUAAUAAAAAACGUGAUAUUUUUCAAACUUUUAAAAUUUCAGUUGAACGUGCUUUGUGUUACUGA